AUGAAUAAAGAAGAAGAGGUGACGAAAGAUUAUGGGAGUGCCGCCGCGUACGCGGAAGCGGUCAGAAAAUGGGUGGACGAUGUGACGAGAUGGAGAGCCGUGCAUCACGCAGCUUUGACACAUGCAUUCAUUCACGCAAUACAGAAUCAAACACUAAUGGCGAAUCAAACGAGCACCACCCAAGCCACUCCCAGCGCAGCCACAGUUCAACAACAGCUUGACGGAUCGAGAAUCGUUCAGAGAAGAUAUCGAUACCCGAGUUAUGUUAGACGUUUGAUCGCUGAGCUUCUUGAUUUCAUCUUUGCUUUCAUCGUGAAACUCUUCAUCAUCUACUCACUUGUCAUGUUUGAUUUUAUUGAUUUGGAUCGCUACGAAAAGCUGAUGGAUCAACAAACCGAUCUUCAAAUGAUUAUUGAUAUUACACAGGAUCUUUUCCCAUUAGAAAUUUUGGGUAAAUUCGUUUGUUCGUUUGUUGAAGCUUUAUGUAUUUCGUAUGGAUUUUUCUCGUUGUGUCCCGGGCAGACGCCAGGGAAAAUGAUUGUCGGGAUACAGGUAAUCUCAUGUCACAAUGCGAGCUCUGUGGUCGGUAACGGGGAUAUGAUUGAAGUGACCGGGUCGACGAGGGUUCCCUUCAAAAAUUCUCUGAUCCGUGCCUCGAUCAAGAAUCUCUUGGUGAAUUCCCUUGUGCCACUAUCCACAAUCGCUUUCGCUUUCCAUCAUAAUCGUGCCAUUUACGAUUUGAUGGCGAAAACAGUUGUCGUUUUUAAAGAA